UUCUGUAGCUCCAUAAGUAAACAACGUAGGAUGUUGUCAGGUUCACGCAGACAUGCUCCACACUCACCAUUUGUUUCAGCUCUCUAACAUUCCCAAAAUCCCCAACAUUCUACUUUUCCAAACGAGGUUUUUCAACACUUCCUCUUCUAUAUUAGAUUUUUGCACCAAACCACAACACCUUCAACAAGUCCAUGCCAGGUUCUUCCUCUAUGGCCUCCACCAAAACUCAUCACUUUCCUCCAAACUCGUGGAUUCCUAUGCCAAGUUUGGACUCAUGGAUUUAUCCCAGAAACUCUUCUACUUCACUGAAAACCCAGAUUCAGCUCUUUAUAAUGCAAUCUUAAGAAACUUGUCUCAGUUUGGUGCAUAUGAAAAGACCCUCUUUUUGUACAAAGUGAUGGUUGAGAAAUCCAUGUGCCCAGAUGAAGAAAGUUGCUCUUUUGUUUUGAGAUCAUGUUUUUCUGUGUCUCAUGAACAAGGGAAGAUAGUUCAUGGGCAGGUAGUGAAAUUGGGUAUGGAUGCAUUUAACAUGGUGAGGAACGCUUUGAUGGAGUUGUAUGACAAAAAUGGGUUUUUUAAUGGGCAUGAAACAGGAGGAGGAGGUUCUGUUAUGGAAUUGAAUUAUUGGAAUAACUUGAUUUCUCAGGCAUCUGAAAGUGGGAAAAUGGAGGGAAGUUUUCAACUCUUUUGUAGGAUGAGAAAAGAGAAUAUCCAACCCAAUUCAGUUACUGUGAUUAACUUGUUAAGAUCAGCAGUUAACUUGAACUUAUUGAAGAUAGGACAAGUCCUCCACUCUUUGAUUGUUGUGAGCAACUUGUGUGAAGAACUAACUGUGAAUACUGCACUGUUGUCAAUGUAUGCAAAGUUGGGUAGUCUAAAAGAUGCAAGAAUGCUAUUUGAGAAAAUGCCUGAGAAGGACCUUGUAGUUUGGAACAUAAUGAUUUCAGCAUAUGCUGGGAACGGGUGCCCUAAGGAAUCCUUAGAACUUGUAUAUUGCAUGUUUAGAUCAGGUUUUAGACCUGACUUGUUCACAGCAAUCCCCGCAAUUUCAUCGAUUGCACAGUUAAAAUAUACGGAAUGGGGAAAGCAAAUGCAUGCCCAUGUGAUAAGAAAUGGUUCAGAUUAUCAGGUAUCCAUUCACAAUUCUCUUAUUGACAUGUAUUCUGCGUGCAGCAACUUAGAUUCGGCACAUAAGAUUUUUGGAUUGAUAGGGGACAAGACUGUGGUUACAUGGAGUGCAAUGAUCAAAGGAUAUGCAAUGCAUGACCAAUCUCUUGAGGCUCUGUCUCUAUUCUUAAACAUGAAGUUGAGUGGUACUAGAGUUGACUUCAUUAUAGUCAUUAACAUCUUGCCAGCGUUUGCAAAGAUAGGGGCAUUGCAUUAUGUAAGAUACUUACACGGGUACUCAUUGAAAACCAGCCUUGAUUCACUCAAAUCCCUUAAGACAUCAUUUCUCAGUAGCUAUGCAAAGUGUGGUUGCAUAGAAAUGGCCAGAAAACUUUUUGAUGAAGAGAAAAGUAGCCAUAGAGAUAUAAUUGCUUGGAACUCUAUGAUCAGUGCAUAUUCUAAACAUGGAGAGUGGUUUAGAUGUUUUGAUUUGUACAACCAAAUGAAACUAUCAAACAUUAUGCCAGACCAAGUAACAUUUCUGGGGCUGCUCACAGCUUGUGUUAACUCAGGCCUUGUUAAUGAAGGCAAGGAGAUUUUCAAGGAGAUGGUGGGAAUAUAUGGUUACCAACCUAGUCAAGAACACCAUGCCUGUAUGGUUGAUCUACUAGGACGCGCUGGACAAAUCGAUGAAGCCAGUGAAAUAAUAGAAACUAUUCCGUUCGAGUCAGAUGCCAGAGUUUAUGGCCCCUUGUUGAGUGCCUGUAAAAUGCACUCUGAGACACGUUUGGCAGAACUUGCUGCUCAGAAACUUAUAAAUAUGGAACCUAAAAAUGCUGGAAACUAUGUAUUGCUCUCUAAUAUAUAUGCUGCUGCUGGAAAGUGGGACAAAGUUGCUAAAAUGAGGAGUUUUCUCAGAGAGAGAGGACUGAAGAAAACACCAGGUUGCAGCUGGCUUGAAUUAAAUGGAAAAGUACAUGAGUUUCGUGUUGCGGAUCAAUCUCAUCCAAGAUGGGAAGAUAUAUAUUCAAUAUUAAAAGUUCUUGAGUUGGAAGCAGGGGAUAUGAAAGAUGAUGAUCUUGAACUCUUUGACACUCCUAUCAUUAAGGGAUGUGAACUGUACAUGAAUCAACUCAAGCACCUAUAACACCUUACACCUAAUAAGCUAAAUUCAGUGGACAUUGUAAUUGUCCUGUGACCUCCAUUUUUACCUUGGAGUUGAAAUUACAAAUUACAAAUUGCAAUUUCCAAACUUUUAUUCAUCAUAAUCCUUUAUUACUAUUACCAACAAAAG